AUGGCAGACGUAGAACCAGGAAGUAAAAGGGAGGCUCCAACCACCACUCCAGAACAACCUAACAACAGAAGAAACAAGAAAAAGAAGAACAAGUGGAAGAACCGAAAGGAGUUUCUUGAUGACAAGAACCGUCCUAACAAAAAACCGAAGGUAGAUCCGGCAACAGUUGGUGUUAGAGGAGACUGGGAACCUAUCACCAAGUCAAACGAGCAGUUUGAGAUGUAUUACCAGGCUCUGGGGCUCUUCCCGGGCGACGAAUGGGACUCGUUCAUGUCAACUAUGAGGAGUGAUCUGCCAGCUACUUUUAGAGUCGUCAACUCCAAGGGUGACAGUAUCCCCUUGAAUAACAUCAUGAAGGAGCAGCACUUCUCCAAACUAAAGGGUGUAAUGAUAGAAGGAAAACCAUGUCCUCUCCCAGAGAACAUCUCCUGGUACCCGGGAGGGCUAGCCUGGCAGUUGGAUAUGUCUCGUCCCAUGUUGAGACACAGCGAGGAGCUGUUCUCCCUUCACCAGUUCAUUGUCUCUGAGGUGGAGAGAGGGAGUAUUGCUAGACAGGAGGCUGUCAGUAUGAUUCCACCUCUAGUUCUGGAUGUGAAGCCUCACCACACUGUUCUGGACAUGUGCGCUGCGCCGGGUAGUAAGACUCUACAGCUGUUGGAGGCGCUUCAUGCGGACGGUCCUCACCCUUCAGGUCUAGUCAUAGCAAAUGAUGGAGACAAUAAGAGAUGUUACAUGCUGGUUACCCAAACCAAGAGGUUCAACUCUCUGGCAUUCAUGAUAACUAAUGAAGACGCAACCAGGUUCCCGAAUGUCAAGGUUUUCGAUGAUAAGGGCAGUCUGGUGAGCUUAAAGUACGAUAGAAUCCUCUGUGACGUCCCUUGUACAGGAGACGGAACCCUCCGCAAGAACUAUGCCAUCUGGAAGAAAUGGCAGCAAGCUCAAGCAAUAGGAAUCCACAAGCUACAACGGAGAAUCCUGCUCCGAGGAAUGGACAUGUUGGCGGAGGGAGGACGUAUUGUGUACUCAACAUGUUCUCUGAAUCCAAUAGAGAACGAGGCUACUGUUCUCAGUGCUUUGCGAGAUAGACCUGAUUUUAGGCUGGUACCCUCUGAAGGAUUCCUCCCACAGUUGAAGAGACGACCUGGUAUCACCACGUGGAAAGUGAUGCACAAUAACGGUACGUGGUACGAGAAGUUUGAGGACAUCACUAAUCCCAAACACCUGAAGUCCAUCGCACCUACCAUGUUCCCGACUGAUGCUGAGAAGCACAACUUGCAGCACUGCAUGAGGGUGUAUCCUCAUGAUCAGAAUACUGGGGGUUUCUUUAUCUGUGUCAUUGAAAGAAAAGAAACUCCUGCUGAGUCAACUCCUGAUGGUGCAGAAAUUGCCGCUGAUGAAAAGAACGGGGAAGCUAAAGCUCUCGGUCCAUUCAGCGAUAACUUUCAUAAAAAUACGAACGUUUUGGUUGAUAAAAUGACAUGGAAAACAUAUCAUGGCUAUAAAGAAGACCCAUAUUUCUUCCUGAAUCCAGAUGCCGACUGUUUCAAAGUACUCAAGGAAUGGUACCAGCUCUCCGAUUCGUUUCCUUUUGGCAACAUAUUUGCUCGUUCAAAGGUUGGGGAAACUGCAAAACAGAGGAAUUUAUCCGUGGCUUGUUCCAGAUUAAGAGACAUUAUUCAGCAGAACGAAAACAAAAUCAAAAUCAUUAAUUGUGGUCUGAGACUGUUUUCAUAUUGCAAAGAAGCCUUCAGUAAAUGCCCUUACAGGCUGUUACAAGAGGGAGCACAUUUUACUUCUGAUUUCAUGGGUGCUAAAAUCUUUGAGGUUUCCUUAGAGGACAUGAUCAAGGUGCUGGGACCGGAUACAGGUGUCGCUAAACACACACUUAAACCAGAUCUGUUAGAGAAAGUCAACGACCUUCCAACAGGUAUUAUCUUGUUUUAUCUACCUGCCUCUGGCAAUGUUCCAGCUAUUUAUUCAUGUGUAUACUGUACGGAUGGUGGUGUGAAGGCAUACAUCACAGAGGAUGAGAAGAACCAUUUCAGACUGAUUUUAGGUCAGGAGCCUCUGAUGACUAAAAGGGAACUGAAGAAGUUGGAAGCAAUGGAGACUCACCGGAAGAAGAAGAUUGAGACAGCUGCUAGGAUAGCUUUAGAGAAAAUAGCUCUGGAGAAAGAGAGUGAAGAGAGCAAAAAUGUUGAGGCAACUGAGAAAGAAGCUGAAGCUGCACCAGAGGUUUAAGAAGACGAUGUCUGCAAAGAAGUCGCUUAACGCUGAUGAAGAUGUUAUCUUGGAGGCUUAUCUUUUUAAGGAGGCUUAUCUUUUUAUGCAUACGUUGAGUACUGAUUUAACGUGACUGAGAAGUAAUAACAAUUUUAUGGGUGUUUUUACGUUUAAUUUAUUUACUGCUUUUAUUCAGUUGUUUUAAGUUUUGACCCAGUUUUAACCAAACA